UUUGGUGAUUUGGGUUAUUGGGGAUGCCCACUAUGUGUUGAUAUAAGAUAAUUAAGAAUCCGGAAAAAUUGGUAAUUUUGGUUUUUUUUUUCUUUGUUACGCUUAAUGUUUGCCUUUUGCUUCUGUGCUUGGUUUGGCUGUGAAAACUUGGUGGAAGUGAGAAAUCGAUGGAAUUUUGUGGGUUAUGUUACAUUUUGUUCUUGGGAUUUGAUAAAAGAAAGAAUUUUGUUAUCGUUGUCUGAAAAAAAUGCGUAGUUGGAACUUCUGAGCUGAAGUUGAUGGAUUGAAAUUUGAGUUUCCUCACCAAUUAGGCAGUGCAUUGCAGUAAAAAUUCAAGCUUUCGAACGAUAAACUAGGCCACAACUGUCUCCUAUUGCAUCCUGCAGGGUACUCACUUUUAAUUGUUUGGAAAUUAUGAGAAUUUUAACCCUGAAUGCAAAAGGACCCUUGAAAUGCUGUUCAGAAUUUAGUAAGGUUCAAUGAGAUGCUAUUCAUCACUUGAAGGGCUGUAGAAACGCAUAAGAACUCAUGUAUGGAAAUUGAAAUGAGAUGUCGUAUAUUUUCUCUGGAACUGAUAGGAACGUUGGUUCAAGGAGUUGACCCUUAUCAUCUCGACAUAUGUAGAUUUAACAACUAUGGAAGAAGGUCCAGAAGGUUCCAUGGAAAGCAAACUUUAACGCGCAAUGUCAAUGCUUAUGCAGAUUUCUUAUUUCAGAGUUGGCAGAAUGAGUAUGAUGAUGAGGAGCCAUCUUCAAGCAGAGGCACCUCAUGGUUUAAAAAGCAAUAUUCUGCCAAGGGGUCCAAAAAGAAGGCAGGCAAUCAAGGAGCCUGGAAAUACGGAAGAAGUGAUUUCCGGUUUUGUGAAGAAGAUGAAGACGUGGAGACCAUUUUCCGAUCCAUGUUUGGUGGAAACAAAUUUUAUUAUUGGUCAUUCAUUAAUGAAGAGAAUUCACAGUGGAGGAGCUCUAGUAAUUACUCUAACUAUGGGAGGUCUUGGAAUUGGAGACAUAACAAUAAGGAAGAGUAUCAAUAUGAAUCUGAGCCUGAGAAUAUGGAGUCAGAUGAAAGGUUGGCCCUCGGGUUGCGUGCUUCGGGUCCUCUAACACUUGAUGAUGUCAAGAAUGCGUAUCGAAUCUGUGCGCUGAAAUGGCAUCCAGAUCGUCACCAGGGUUCUUCCAAGGCAGCUGCAGAGGAAAAGUUCAAGCUUUGCAGCGCAGCAUAUCAAUCAUUGUACUGUAAACUGGCUGCGGUGGGAUGAUGCUUCAAGCCGGCUUAUUUAGUGUAACCAGAGGUAGCUAGAAGAUGUAACAUUUCAUCACAUUUUUAUUAAAGUUUGUAGUUUUAAGCCGAUUACUAGUCAAGUCAAGUUAAUAGUUUUUUAGCCGGUUUACGUUGUACCGCAUGUACAAAAUGAAAUUUACAACAAAUAUUUUAUUUUCAACUUGAUAUCAGAGAAUAAUUUGUUCUUGAUUGAA